AAGUUGACUACAGCAAAAGGAAUGGGGUGUGAUGAAGUGGUGCACUGGAAUGAUAAAGAAACAGAAGACCACUUGAUAAGUGUCACAAAUAAAGCCUGUGGCAGGGUAGGCAGGGCUGUAGCUGCUGUUGACUUUGUGAAUACAUCAGGAACUUUCAGUCUGGUAGAGAGAAUCCUCAUCUGGGGAGGCAUCCAUGCGACUGUAGGGGUGUUUGGGGAUACAGCAAAACUUCCCUUGAAGCCCUUUACUGUCCAACACCACACAGCAGUCGGUAUCAUGGUCGGUACACAACAGCAACUGAAGGAACUCCUCAAGCUUGUUGAAGAUGGAAAGGUUAAGGCACCUCCGAUUACCCAUCAUCCUCUAGAGAGUGCGUGGAACGUCCUGCAAGACCUGAGAGAUGGAAAGGUCAAGGGUCGAGCUGUGCUAGAAGUGUCCAAACCAAACGAAUAAACUCAACGGCUUGUAGUUUGAUGCUGUGAAGCAACUUGAAGUUAACUAUAAGUUUCCAAGAAAAGAAAUUUGACUUACUCAAUUUUUGACUGUACAACUCCAGUCUUUGAAGAAGGUCUAUAGGCCAUGCUUUCAAAGUAAUAUACAAAUAUUUAAACAGUAUUGUCUUUUUAAACAGUAUUGUAUUUUCAUGGUGAUUAUGCAAAUUAUAAUGACAGUCCAAUCUUAAGAAAUAAGGCUAUUCUACAAAAUUAUGUAAAUAAGGUCCUGAUUUGAAUAAAUUAUGUCUAGUGAUGUUCACCUUCACUGAACUUCUAAAUCUGACAAGUGUUAAAUUCCCAGGAGAUACACUAUAAAAUUGUAUCAAUCAUUAUGGUUAAACGCCAUACUGUCUGUAAAUAGAAAGGUCUAUAACCUGGACUACU